AUGUUAUUCUUACUGAAUGACUCUUCUUUAGUUGGUUUUUCAGGAACUUGUGCUACCAUCACAAUGCCUGAAGUAAACACAGAUCACCUGGAUGAGCAGCAGGUGCAGCUCUUGGCAGAGAUGUGCAUCCUUAUUGAUGAAAAUGAUCGUAAGAUUGGAGCAGAUACCAAGAAGAACUGUCACUUGAAUGAAAACAUUGAUAAAGGUUUACUGCACAGAGCUUUCAGUGUUUUCCUAUUUAAUACAGAAAAUAAACUGUUGCUGCAGCAGAGGUCAAAUGCAAAAAUUACAUUUCCAGAUUGUUUUACCAACACUUGUUGCAGUCAUCCUCUAAGCCAUCCACUAGAACUGGAAGAAAACAAUGCCAUUGGCGUUCGGAGAGCUGCACAGAGGAGACUGAAAGCAGAGUUAGGCAUUCCCAUGGAGCAGGUACCUCCAGAGGAAAUCUCCUAUCUGACACGAAUUCACUACAAAGCCAAGUCUGAUGGGAUCUGGGGGGAACAUGAGAUAGACUAUAUCUUAUUUGUACAGAAGGAUGUAACACUGAAUCCUGACCCUAAUGAGAUCCAAAGCUACUGCUACGUGACACAAAAAGAACUGAAACAGCUCUUGGACAAAGCCUCCAAGAAUGAAGUUAAGAUUACUCCAUGGUUUAAACUCAUUGCAGAAACCUUUCUUUUUAAGUGGUGGGAUAACUUAUCUAACUUGAACAAAUUUGUUGAUCAUGAAAAAAUACACAGAAUGUAAAUAGCCAGAGCAAAAGAUGCUGAAGGCUGGCAGUGGUGUACUGUCUCAUGAAGAGGAUGGUAACUCAUAAAUUUUGAGUGCAAAAAGGUAUCCACUUGGAGCAGGUUUUAUAAAACUUUAUACAGA